AUGGACAGGUUCAGCCCUUGGGACUGCAUUAAGAAUAGCUACGUGUGGUUAGCUGGUGGUUACGUCAUGGGCAAACACCAAGUUUUAAGAACAUUCGUCAAGUCAUAUAAAGCUACAUUACAAGAGUUGCUCAAAGCCAACAUGUCUAGUACAGACAAGCAGAUCAUUGGAGCGAUGUACUCACCAGAGUUCCGGCACAAGCAGGAGUUGGACAUACAAGGGUACUCGUGUGUUGAUGGACAGUUUGGUCUUCACAACACCGACGCUCAGUACUUUUGUUUGAGUUAUGUUUGCCGCGACGAAAUAGAACUAUUCAUCGGUGUUGCAACGCGCUUUGAUAACUUCAAAGGUCGCCAGGCGAUUCGAGAGACCUGGGGUAGUUAUGCUAACGUCAGCUCCCAUAACUCAAUUCUAGUUUUUUUCAUUGGUCAACCGGAGCCUGGAUACCCAAAAGCAAGCUUAAAACAGAAAUUACUUCUUAAAGAAUCAGCCAAGUAUGGUGAUAUUUUGCAGGAGGAUUACUUGGACUGUUAUCACAACCUAAGUCUAAAAUCGGUAUCUAUUAUCAAGUAUGUUUCUACUUACUGUUCAAUGGCAAAAUAUAUCCUCAAAGCGGACGAAGACAUGUAUAUAAAUUUCAACUGUUUAAUUGAUACUUUUGUGAUGGGAACAAAAUACGUCAAACCAAAACCACCCCCAAUAAGGUCUACUAAAUCAAAGUGGUACAUAUCUAAAGCUGAUUACCCUAAGAGCAGAUAUCCGGAUUAUGUGUCAGGUGGGGCCUACGUCAUGUCUACACAGGCGUCAUGGCUGCUGUUCGAGGCGUCCCUCAGGUUGCCGUUGUUCCGGUGGGAGGAUGUGUACGUCACAGGGAUGUGCUCCAAGAAAGCUGGCGUUGAGGUCAUAGACAAUGAUCGAUUUACUUACGAAAUGUAUGAUGUAUCAGACAUGAGGAGUCGAAUCUCAGGGCAUCCUUACACACCGACGGAGAUGCAAGAAAUGUACAGUGAACUGAAAAGUGAUACAAGUUGUGAAUAA